AGGAGAAGUAUUCAAGGCUGAGGAUAUUCUCUAUUUUAUUUUUCCUAUUUUCUGGGUAAUAUUAUAUGAAAACAUUUGAGGAAAUGGAGAAUGAAGAUGGCUAUAUGAGGCUGAAAUUCAAGAAUCGCUUUGAAUCGAGAAAAAAAUCUAAAGAUGUCGCCCUGUAUCUACAGUGUUACUGUCUCAUGCUAGCACUUGGGUGCAUUGGCACCCUUAUUAUCAUGAUGGCAGUAAUUGGGCUGAACUUUCAGGAUAGAGAAAUGGAUUUCUUUCAGAAAGCUAAUAUCACCGGCCUAGCAGGAACUAAUUAUGUGUGCCCAAGUGACUGGCUACUGAGUCAAGGAAAAUGUUACAGGUUUUCAACUUUUUCUAAAACUUGGAAUGAAAGUCAACAUGAUUGUUUAAAGCUACAGGCACAUUUACCUGUGAUUCAAAAUUCAAAAGAGCUGGAGUUCAUACAGAAGAGUUUAAAAUCUGGACAACCUAGUUGGCUUGGACUAUGUAUUGCAUCCCCAGGAAAACAAUGGGUAUGGAUAAAUGAACACCUUUUUGUGGAACAAGACAUUUUCUCGGUGAUUGGAGCCAUUGAUAACAUGAGCUGUGCUGUCAUAACAAGAAAUCACGUGUAUUCCGAAGACUGUGACUCCAAAUUUAAGGGCAUUUGCCAGAGAGAUGCUGUCUGAACAACGAAAGCAAAUCUGUGCAUUUAAAUAAUUGGAAGAGAAAUAUAUGGAUGUUAACAGUUCCUAUCUGUUUUUGGAAUACAAACCUAUUUUUUAAUGCAAAUAAAAUUUUUUCACAUAUUCUGUACAGAUACAACACUCCAAAAUUAGAAAAUGUAAUAAUUUAUUUUUAAACUAGAAAACACAAUUCCCUAUUUUUUUAAUAAUGUUAUUGGAGAUUAUUAUUAAUUACUUUUAGAUGUGAUAAUUGUAUUGUGGUUAUGUUGUAUAGACAGAUAGGGAAACAUUCACAUGAUAUUAUGUCUAGAAUUUGCUUAAAUUAUAAGUGAUACAAGAUUGUUGUUGUUCAGUCACCCAGUCGUGUCUGACUCUUCUUGACCCGGUGGACAGCAGCAGGCCAGGCCUCCCUGUCCCUCACCAUCUCCUGGAGUUUCCCCAAGUUCAUGUCCAUUGCAUCAGUGAUGCCAUCCAGCCAUCACAUCCUCUGACAUGCUCCUCUACUUUUGUCUUCGAUCUCUCCUGGAAUCAGGGUCUUUUUCAAUGAGUCAGUUGUUCACAUCAGGUGACCAAAGUAUUGGAGCUUCAGCUUCAGCAUCAGUUCUUCCAAUGAGUAUUCAGGGUUGAUUUCCUUUAAGAUUUGACUGGUUACAAGAUUGACAACGAGUUAAUAGCUGUUAAAACUGAAUAAUGAGUACAUGUGACUCACUAUAUUAUUUUCUCUACUUUUAAAUAUGUUUGACAAUUUCCUAACACAAAACAAAAUGUGUUUUGGUUGGGAAAGAAUGUUGAUUUCUGACUUCAGUCUUCGACAUUCUUAUUUAUCCUUAUUGCUGCAGUGUCUAAAAAAUAUGAAAUUUAAUCUUCUAAUCCUGCUUUUUCUCUAUUCCUUGGGUUCUAACUCUUCCUGUGCAUUUGGUGAAAUAAUAGACUGUGCAUAUAUGUGGUUAUACAACAUUUUUUUUCUUCAUGGUGGGCUUUGUCCUUAAUUACUUUCAGUUUUUAUCAAAAAGAAAUCAAACUUUCAACUGGUAAUAAAGUACUCAGCCAUUGUAAUUAUGAAUGUCUUUUUAAAGUAAUAUACAAUCUUGUAUUUAAUCUGAUUCUAUAAUUCAUUUCCCUUUAAUCAAAUUUGCUUUUAAACAUUGUUAUAUUGAGAAUUGUCUCACUCCCUUAGUUUUCUAACUGAAAUUUUAUACAAAGUACCUUAUUUUUUUCUCUCAUUUAUCCAAAAAGCACUCAUGUUUCAAAAUAAAUUCAACAGUUUGUGUCCCCUAAGUAGGUGAGGAGAUACGACAUAAUAUCAUCAAAAAGUUCUCUGUAGUUCAUGCUGAGCCAUCAGGAAUUGAUUCACCCUGAUAGGUGUGACUUAAAGAAAAACAAAGAGUGAAUUACUUUAAAUAAUGAAGCAGUUGAAAUUAAUUUGUAAUCAUGAACCAACAGCAAAAAUAAAACAUUAUGAAUGAAGCAAAAUUUGAACUUAAUCUGAGCCAAAAUGUGAUACAUGAGUAAUACUAAAUUUCAUAUUUUCAAGUUUUCUUGAUGACAAAUGAUGAAUAGAUAUAAUAUGCCUGUGCUUGCUUACAUGCUGAUAUUUGCCAAGUAUUUGCAUUCACAUAUAGUACCAAGAACAACAUUUACAGGUGGGACUCACAAGAAUCUCCUUUUCAUUUAUCAGAAAGUUUCAUCUGCAACUAAUUUAGGAGUGAGCCUCCAUUAAAGAUAUGGGAGAAAGACUGGUCUGUGUGUUUCUGUAUGUUUAUCCUGUAACCUAGAUACUUUUUUUUUCUCCACCUUCUCCAUCCUACGUGUCUAUGUAUUCUCCUAAACUCUCAUUCCUUCUUGUACUGAGAGGUUACAGUUACCUAGGCAAACUAACGUAACAAAGAAGGGCUUGAUAUAAUUUUCCCCACACCCUACAGAGUUUGAAUUUUAUGACACAUCCAGGGUUGCAUC